UUACAUUAAAAAAAAAAAGUCGAUUUAUAACUGCGCUCUCUCUAAAUCUUAGAUAAAAGAAAAAAAAAAAAAAAAAGGUGAUCGGAGAAUCGAAGUCUUUCGAAUUCUUGGGAGGAAAUCGUCAAAAUUCGGAGUAUUCAAUCUGGAAAUCUGAUCCUUGACCUCUUUAGUAUGCGCUAUGCAGAGAUUAAAGGCCUCAGGAACUUCGAUUGUAAGCUCGAUUUCAGCUGCUGGGUUGAAGAGGAAGGCCGUAAAUUCAUGGACGGCCGUUCAGGAUACUUUCUAUUCUACCAAGGAUGUAUUCGAAAGGCACAGGGUGGUUUUUACAGUCGGGACUUCUGUUGCAUCAGUCGCAACCGCCUGGAUUGGGUACACUUUACGCCAUUAUCAUGACAUCCAAGUUGACAGAAGACUUGAAUCUAUUGAGGAAGCUAUGAGAACAAGGCAUCAACUUGAGCAUUCUGAACUUACAAAGGUUGUUAAUGCAGGAAAGAUCAGCGUGCCUGCUUGCUUUGCUACUGCUGGAACUAGUUUGAUUAUUGGAUACUGUUUGGGAUGGCGAGGUGGGAAACAGUAUGCAAACAAGCAGUUUAGAAGAGAGCAGAUGAAGUUGUUGGGGGAGAUUAAACCUAGAUGGUCAUUGCUCACGAGGCUAAAACCUAAAGAACUGAUCUUUCCAUUUAGGAGAUCAUCUGGCAAAGCUGGGAUGCAAGAAAGUGGCAGCCAAAUACGGAACAAAACUCUAAAAGAUGCUGCAGCACAAGAACAUUAGGAGAGAGUCAACCAGUCCCAAUCAAUAGCAUCAUGAGGAAAUGGUGCAAUGCCCAUAAUCAGAGAGCUAUCUGUUCAGUGGGGUAAAGUCUCAUUCUUCUUUUGUCAAUUGAAAAUAUGUAGGAAGUGAGGAUUUUCUUUUUUCAAUACUAAUCUUAGUUUAGAAACUUCUUUAACAAUAUAAGUUAUCAUUUUUGUUUUCGAAAUUUUUUUAUUAGAUAGCUUGUAAAGUUUCAUACACAUUGAUGACAUCAUUGGUCACAAUUUUUUUAUUUCGGAAGGAAGCUUAGUCUCAUUGGCAUGAGUGCCAAAGCUUUGUACUGAAUUUUGUCUCAAACUGGUGUUAAUUUUUGUUUCAAGCAAUAACAGUGUAGAAGUUUUUCUUA